AUGCCGCCAAAAUGUGCGGGGCAAGAGGGGGACAACCUUGUGCCGUGUGUCUUCAGCACCCAAGACAUCGGCCAGGCUGCACGCGUGCAUCCGGGGCGCCACGGCGGCGGGUCGCGGUGCCUCUUCUGCGCCGGCGACGUCUUGAACCAGCGCUUGGCCACUGCCCGCGGCAAGGGGGUCAUCACGACGGCUUUGGCAUUUUUUCAAGAGCAUGGGCCUCUUGACGUCCUUCCGCAGGCCGUCCAGCGCGUGAAAGCUUUGGCCGGCGAGGAUGCUUGGACUGACUGUGCCACGCGCUUGCAGCACUGCUUGCAGAAACGUGGCCGUACACAACAAGACCGUGCAGAGCGGCGGCAGCAGAACGUCCGCAACCGAGCCGGGGGACUCGCAACGUGGGCGCCGGUCUUGGAAGAGCGGCGGGCUCAAUAUUCCCCAUCGGCGCAGGAUGUGGCUGCAGAGAAGACGGCAGAGCUGGCGCAGCAGCGUGCAUUGCAGCGCAAGUUCCCUGCUGUGUACAAUCCAGAUGUUCGCGACCCCAGCAAGUGGCAAACGGAAAUGGCAGCGACCUUCCGCCGUUUCGCACAGGAUUGGUCCUGGUCUUCCUGCCAGAAAUGCCACCGCAUGGUGCCACAAAAAUUCCACCCCAAGCAUGUGCGGUCGGCGGGACGCUUGCGGCCCCAGCUAAAAGCGUGUGCCCACUGCAAGAGUGGCGUGGGCUACUGGUCACCCCGUCCUUCAGAUGUGCCUGAGCCUUUACGUCAACUUGCACAGUCCGUUCUUGACGCCUUGGCCAUCCUGGAUGUCUACACCGGCCCCUUGGAGAGGGCACCUCAAGGUUACUUGGUCCACACAGGGUGUGUGCGCUUCAGCUGGAAGCCGACCUCCGUUGAAGAGCGCUUGAGCGGUCUUCCGCGCCCGGAGUGGCGCCUGGGCCGGGCUGCUUACGAGUGGCUCAUCGCGGCGGAGGACUGCACCUACCUCGACUUCCUUCAAGCCCACGACGCCUUCCUUCGCCAGCGUCAGCGUCUCUUGGACCAAGCCGAGCUCGAGACCUCGGCGCCCAUCCCGUGGCUGCCAUUGCGCUUUAUGGAGACUGUCGGGUUGGAAUGCGCUGUUUGGCCGCACCUGUACUGGUGUCGCAGCAUGUGCGAAACCUUCGUGCGCAGCUCUGACCGGCGCCGCUUGGAUCGUGCACGCCGCGUGGCCGCUGGUGACGAGGAGCCGGACGACUUCGAAGCGGUCGACGCGGACGGAGAUGCGGCAAUGCCUGCGGUUGUGGACGACGGCUCUGACCUCGAGGAGGACUCCGACGAGCCCAUCGAAGACGAAGACGGAGACGGUCCAGGAGGGACGGAAUCGCGGCAGAGUGCCAAGGCAAGCUUCAUGGCAAAGGUUUUCUCCUCCGUCAUCGGCUAUGGCUCCAACCGCCCCCUCGCCCAAUUUGUCUACGACUUAUGGCUGUGGAGUUCGCUCGGUGGGGCGCGCAACGCCGUCCCCACGACGUUGCGUGGGGCCCUAGCCGGUCGCAGCUUCUCUCCCCUGUAUUGGCGCAACAUGCAUGCUGGCCUGGUCGACUGCGCCCGCCAGAUCGGCUUUCCGUCCUUGUUCAUCACCGUGGCGCCACUUGAGAUGUCCGCCCCCUAUCACUGUUGGUUGGAGGACGAAUUGAAGAAGGCCUGCCGCGCGCGAACACACCUGCCUGCCGCGGAAACAUUCCACUUGGCUCACCUCCUCUUCCAGCUGGCUGAAGGUUUGUUGACGGGAAGCAACCGCCAGCAGCAAGGAAGGCCUGCAAGAAGAUGGACGCAGCACGUGCUGGCGGCCGAGGAUCCCGCGACUGCGACGGUCGUGGAGAUGUUUGGGCGCCUGGAAUUCCAGGAUGGCAAAAGGAAGCGACACGUCGGGCCUUCCCAGUCCUAUCAUGGUUCUGGCCGUGUGCACCUGCACUUGCUGGUCUGGCUGCAGAAUGCGGACCAAGUGCCCUGGUCCCGCAUCUUACGCGCCGACAUUCCCUCUGCAGAUGACGAGCCGGAGCUGCAUGAUUUGGUUCGCGGCUCCCAACUAGACUGGGACACCAGCGCUUGGCCGCGCCAUGACGGCCCGACCGUGUACGACAAGGACGCCCAGCUCUUGCGGUUGCAUCAUCCCGCAGAUGCCCAUGCAGCCCACGUCCGCGCCUUCAUGCCUGACGUCCUCGAAGCACUGCAGUGUCAUAUGGACGUCCAGAUGGGCGACGGCCGGGGGUUGCUGCUGCAGUACACCUCCACGUACGCGGCGAAGUUCAGCGACCAGUUCGCAAGCAGUUGGCUCAACGAGGAGGCGACCGACUUCCAGCUUGCCCGCAAGGUGUUGACCGAGUAUCACCCGCUCGAGCCAGAAAUGUGGCUCCAGCUCGGAGGCCAGCAAUUCCGGCAGGUGCUGCAGACGGGGGUGUUGCGGCGAGUGGUCCUGCGACCUCCUUGGAAAGGCUUCCCCCCAAGCCGCUGGGAGCAGCUGUACAUGACUUCUGCCUGGCGCCCGGAUGAUUGCACGCUCCUCGAGUUUCUCAGGCUUGCCAAUGAGUCGGGCGAGCGACGCAAGAACCGCCGGCGCGUCCUGGUGGCAGCUGCCAUGGAUUCAGCCUUCCACGAAAGCUUUUAUGGCCAGUGGCUGCUGCUCCACGUGCCUUUCCGAACCUUCGCGGAGCUUUGGGAUGACCGCGUUCUUGCUGUACCUGAAGGCUAUCGCAUGUUGGCCCUGUGUCUUUUGAAGCGCCCCGGCUUCUGGCGCCGUCUGCACGACGUUCGGGACGAGUUGCAGUUGGAGGGCCACAGAGACGCCCACAUCUGCAAUGUCCUCAGCAUGGUGGAAAGUCGCACGGCCGUCAUCGAUGCUUACCUCUCGGGACAGCUCACCCUGGACGAGGACAUGCCUCCGGCCGACGGCUUCCUGGACGCGCCCGAAGUUGGCUAUCAGGGCGAGCUGGACCCAGAGCAGGCCGUCGUCGUCGAACACAUCCGGACCAUGGUCAACUUGGCGCUGGAACGCCGCUACCCUGAAGACCCCGACGGCACCGCCAUGCAGGAGUAUGUCCGGAAGCUGCAAACCAGCAGGGCACAGGUGGCCCGUCCCUUCUGCGUGCUGGGUCCUGCGGGGUCCGGCAAAAGCACGGCCGUGGAAGUGGCAAUCCGUCGCGCUGUCGACGCCGGCGCCCACGUGGGCAUCGCCUGUCCGACGGGUAUGCUUGCAAGCUCAUACCGCAGCAAGUUUCCCGGCUUGGACGUGGACACCUUGCAUGGCAUGUUCCUCCUGCACUUGCCGCAAGAGCAGACCUGGGACUGCAUGGCCUCCUUCGACGUGGUCGUCAUCGAUGAGAUCGGCCAGCUCUCGCGCUACACCCUGGAACGGUUGUUGUGGCUUUGGGACAACGCGGACCGCCGCCCCGCUAUCAUCUUCCUCGGCGACUUCCACCAACUCCGUGGGAUGGACAGUACCCGGGCCUGCGACAGCCCACGUUGGCAGCCGGUCGUCGUGCGCCACUUGCGCACUAUGCGCCGUUGCAAGUGCGCGGAACUGCGGUGGAAGUUGGAGCUCUUGCGGACUGCCAAGCCCAAUAAAGACCAGCUGCAUCGCAUCCUUCGCGGCCAUCGCGCUGCUCCGGAUCGCGGUCCGGGCGUGAGCCCAGAGCCCACGGAGCUGGACGUCCAGUACAUCCUGGAGGAAACCCCACAGACUCUCUUCCUAACGAUCACGCGGCGCAACGCUGCCCUACUCAACGACCUGGCAGUCCACGCACUCUACUCCGACGCGCUUCCCCUCGCGGUCGUUCCGGGCGACUACGAAAGCAACCUCGCCAACUACAACCAGGCCGGCCAGCUUGUCGACUGCGAGCCCGUGCAAGUCGCCAUCUACGAGGGUAUGCGGGUCACCCUGACCCGAAACCUCCAGAAGGAGCAGAACUUCGUCAACGGCAUGCGCUGCGUGGUUCUGGGGAUGCAGCGCGGCUCCGUGCUGGUCCGCACCGAGUGCGGCAACGUGCUCUCGGUUUUCCCCUUUACGGACGACGAGAUUGACAUCGACGGCGAGCAGCACCGUGCAACCUACUUCCCUCUCCGACUCGGCUAUGCCGUCACCUUGCAGAAGAUCCAAGGCGCCACCCUGGAGCAUAUUACUGUGUGGCUCGAUGUACCCAAUGUAGAAGCGGCUGCUUAUGUCGCCCUCUCCCGGGUACAGUAUGACAACCAGUGGCGUUUUCUUGGACAUGCCACGCGACAUCACUUCACGCCCGCUUCCGGCAUCUGA